GCGGCGGCGCGGCCGCCAUGGCGUCUCCCUUCAGCGGGGUGCUGCAGCUGACGGACCUGGAUGAUUACAUCGGGCCCUCGCAGGAAUGCAUCAAGCCUGUGAAAGUGGACAAGAAGCCUGGAAAAGCAGCAGCCAAGAUCAAAAUCGAAGCAGAUGGAAGCUACUUCCAGAUUGAUCAGAGUGGAGGAGCACAGAAGCUGGAAAAGGCCAAGAUCAGCCUGGAUGACUGCUUGGCCUGCAGUGGCUGCAUCACCUCAGCAGAGAGUGUUUUGAUCACCCAGCAGAGCCAUGAGGAGCUCUGCAGAGUGCUGGCAGCGAACAAGAGUGCUGCUCCCAGGGAACAGAAGCUGGUGGUGGUUUCUGUUUCACCACAGUCCAGAGCUUCCCUGGCUGCAAGAUGUCAGAUGGGUGUCCUGGAAACAGCAAAGAAGCUGACAGCAUUCUUGAAGAGCUUAGGUGUGCACCAUGUCUUUGACACCACCUUCCCCAGGAACUUCAGCCUGCUGGAAAGCCAACGGGAGUUCGUGAAGCGCUUCCGGAGGCAAGCUGAGGACAGCAAGGCUUUGCCAAUGCUUGCUUCUGCCUGCCCAGGCUGGAUCUGCUACGCAGAGAAGACCCAUGGCAGCUUCAUCAUCCCUUACAUCAGCACCACCAAGUCCCCCCAGCAGGUCAUGGGCUCCUUGGUCAAGGGCCAUUUUGCAGCACAGCAGCACAUCCAGCCCAGCCAGGUCUACCACGUGACAGUGAUGCCCUGCUAUGACAAGAAGCUGGAGGCCUCCAGGCCAGACUUCUUCAGCCAGGAGCACCAAACUCGGGAUGUGGACUGUGUGAUCACCACAGGAGAAGUGCUCAAGUUGUUGGAGCAGGAGGGAGUCUCUCUAGCAGAUGUAGAUCCUGCCCCACUGGACACCAUGUUCAGUGGUGCUGCAGAAGAGGAGCUCACAACCCACUCAGGAGGGGGCUCUGGGGGCUACCUGGAGCACAUCUACAAGCAUGCAGCCAAGGAGCUCUUUGGGAUUCAAGUGGACACAGUUCAGUACAAAGCCUUAAAAAACAAGGACUUCCAGGAGGUGACCCUGGAGAGGGAUGGAGCAGUGCUGCUGCAGUUUGCCCUGGCCUACGGCUUCCGGAACAUCCAGAACCUGGUGCAGAAGCUGAAGCGCGGCAAGGCUGCCUACCACUACGUGGAGGUGAUGGCCUGCCCAGCAGGCUGCUUGAAUGGAGGUGGCCAGCUCAAGGCAGCUGGGGGGUCCAGCAAGGAGCAGCUGCAGCAGGUGGAGAGGUUGUAUGAGUCUCUUCAGGCCGCAGCCCCAGAGGAGAACCAGGCUGUGAGUGCACUGUAUGAGCAGUGGCUGGGUGGUGUGGACUCAGAAAAGGCUCUGAAGGCUCUGCACACCCAGUACCACGCCGUGGAGAGAGCCAGCUCUGGCCUGAGCAUCAAGUGGUGAAGGCUGACACUGUGAAGCUCAGCCACUCAGUGCCUUUGAACUCUCUUGAAAGACUCUCAGAACACAGCUCCACCUCCAGCCUCUCACUGGGAGUUUGCCACUUCUGCCUCUUUGUG